UCACACACGUCCUCUCUAAAAAGCUUCCUUCACAAUCUCAAAAGCCAUUUUCAAAUUUCAAAAAACUCAGAGAGAUCAAGCGAUGUGUCCUUCCGGUAGAAUCCCGAUUCCGAUAACCACCACCGCGAGUUCAGAUUUCCGACCAGCUUUCGAGAUCAUCGACACAGAUCGCGACGGUAAAAUCAGCAGCGACGAUCUCCGUGCAUUCUACGCCGGAAUCACUUCCGGUGAAAACAACGACGAGACGAUGAUCGGAACGAUGAUAUCAGUAGCGGACGCGAACAAAGACGGAUUCGUUGAGUUCGAUGAGUUCGAGAAAGUUCUAGAAACGGCGCCGUUGUUGUGUAGAUCUGGUAACGGAGGAGACGAUGGAUUGAUGAAAGAUGUGUUUAAGGUGAUGGAUAAAGACGGAGAUGGGAGAUUGAGUUACGGAGAUCUGAAAAGUUAUAUGGAUUCGGCUGGUUUAGCUGUUUCCGAUGAUGAAAUCAAAGCUAUGAUUCGAUUAGCCGGUGGUGAUUUAAACGACGGCGUUUCGUUUGACGGUUUGCUUAAGAUUUUCGGGUGUUGAAAAAGAAUUGGUUUAAAAUUGUUUUUUUUGACACCGCACAUUUUCCAACUUUAUUUAUCUCAGCUUUGUUUGUUUGUUUGUUUGCAGAAGUGUAUUUGUGCCCAACCAGAUUUUGUUUUUUUUGUUGUUAUAAAAAUGUGAGAAAAUUAAUGUUGGAACAAGUCUUUUGGGCCCAAUGCAUAACUAAGAAAAAUUAGAUGAA